GGUGAACUUCCCCUUUAAACAAGAAAGGUUAGCCAGUGGUCAAAUCUUACAAGCCAGUCAGCCAGACCAGGGUUUCUUCCGCAGAACUGUACAACACAAUCUUACCUACAGACCUUGCCCUAAUGGAGGAAAAUGUGUGAUUCAACGUAAGAAUAGAAACCAAUGUCAGUCUUGUAGACUAAGGAAGUGCAUUCUCAUGGGCAUGUCCAAAAAUGCUGUUCGUUUUGGAAGGAUGUCUAAACGAGAAAAGAUGAAACUGACUCAGGUGAUGAAGGAGAUUGCAAACAAGAGUGAUGAUAUUCCUAUCAGGGAUGAAAAACCUCUUGACCUGAGCCGACCUCCAAGUCAAGAAGCUAUGGUUGCUAGUGACGAUGGGCCCCUAGCAAGCAAUGAUUCUCAACAGUGUGCAAUAUCAGACAUUAAAGGCAGCUUGGAGGAUAUGAAAGAUGUGGGGAGGGAGUCCAGUAAUAGUAAUGACAGAGUACAGUGUAAACCUGACUGGUCAUCUUCAAAGACUGAUGGAGCUGAACUGAAACACAAUGGUAGAUGGGGUGAGUGCAAUGGGAGAAAUGGCUCUAGUGUUGGGAAGGCUGUUCAAGACAUUCACAUUGAUGAGAAAAAGACAAGCAUUCAGGACUUGCUUCUUACCCAGUAUUGUAGUAGUCAAAUGAAUGGUUAUAUUCCAAACAAUGGACUAAAUGGCUUGCAGAGUGGUGUCCAACGAAGCAUCAAGGUUGAGAGAGACAUUCAGAAUGAUUGCCAUGGUUACUCAGGACACCACCCUCAUCUUAAUGAAAGAAUAUCAUCAGUUAUCAAGAAGGAAGAUCAAACUCCUACUUAUCAUGACUUUGAUAAAGGCAUCCAUCAUCACAUGGCUUCAGACAAGAAACAAUAUCUCCUACCCCGACGCAAACAGAUUGCACGCUUACAUCAUGAUGAAGAAGUCAGAAGGAACCAUCAGAAUUUCAGCAACAGUUACCACGGCAAUCCAUAUUCCAAUCAUCACUUUCAUCAAAUGCCUGAGAAGUUACAGAAUAUGAGUCUCGGGAGUAUCAAAUCCCCACCCAUGAAUGGACUGUAUGAGAAUGGUGUUCAACACAGCUUUGAAACCAGGUUAAACAGCACCAAGUCACACUUAGAACUGAAGAAUGGUUACAAUCAUUCAAAGUUACAACACUCACUAGUCAAUCCACACCAGAAUGGAAGGAUACCCAACGGCUGCACUCCAGAUAACACAAGACUGUCCUACCACCCUGAGACCAAUCACAGAAAUAGAUUAAGAGCUCCUAGAGUACUUGGUGGAGGUCAUAAUCCUCAUAUGCUUCAUGUCCUUCAAGGAAUGGGUCUGGUGGAUUCCUUGAGCAAGGCAUAUUGUACAGAGAUUGAUGCUCAGUUCUCAAGUCUAGAGGAAAUACUUAGAGUGGCAAUCAAGAAGCACCUACGAAGUGAACAACACACUGCAGCUGAUAACAAAGAGACUAUUGGUUCCAACGGUGUAUGCGGUAUACCCAUGGAGGUAACGGUUGGAGAUAAAGAAGAGGCUUUCUGUGAUCGAUUUGCUCCUAUCAUUAGUCGUAUCGUCAGCUUUGCAAAAGCUAUAGAAGGCUUUGAAGAGAUCCCACAUGAAGACCAGCUAACAUUAUUAAAAGCCGGCUGUUUUGAAGUGCUUCUCCUACAACUCAGUCAAAUCCUUGACCCAGAGAGUGAGGCCAUCGUGUUCUCUAAUGGAGAGAAGUUUCACAGAGGUCUCCUCCAAAAAUCAGAUGUUGGUGAUCUAGUUGUUGCAUUGUCCAAGAUUGCUUCACAACUAAAUCAACUAAACUUAUCUUUACCAGAGAGGGCGCUAUUACAAGCAUCUGUAUUAGUAGCAUCAGAUCGGAAGGGUAUCCAGAAUGUUGAUGAGGUACGUAGCCUCCAGACACAUCUUCUAGGUGUCCUAGAGAAGUUCCUCUAUGCUACACAUGCUCCUGAUGCACUUGUCUUUCACAAGUGUCUUCAAGUAGUCCUGGACCUAAGGGUUCUCAACCACAAGUACUCAGAAAAGCUCCUGGCCCAUCAAAAGGAUUAGCCUACUCCGUUUCCUAGCCUACCAGGCAGACUAAAUGUACAUGUUCCAAAGUUACCAAAUAGAUUGAGGUAGUUCUUAGUUUGGUCCUCCAGAUACAACAUACUGGGAUCCUGGUCCUUGACCUAUAAGAUGAACCUGUUCUUGUUCCCGAUUAUAUUGUAGAUUAGACCGACGUUGCUAUCGGCCAAUUUGUAUUGAUGAUGAUAUGUACUUUAAUCAAGAACCUUGUGAACUUAUUUUCAUCACAGUGGAACCUAUAUUCACCUUGUUUUAUGAUAUCUCUUGGACCAAUAUUCAUGAAACCUUAAGAAGCUUAGAUGUCACCUAAAUGUGUUGGGGCCGAUUUAUAAUGGUUUCAUGAAUAUAGACCAGGAAAUGUAUUGAAUUUUUAUUCAAUAUCCAUCAAAAUGAUGGAUUGUGAUGAACUGUGUCCCCAUCAGUAAACCAUGUCAGGCAAGGUUUUCAGACUAUUUGCAGAUGCUUUUCUAUUGGAACACAUCCGGAGAACUCUAUUCACGUAUCAAAAUUACAUAAAUAUUCUGACCAGGGUGGUGUUUCAUAAAGCUGUUCGUAAAGUUACGCACAACUUUACGUAUGACUGAAACCUGUUCUUUGGUGCUAAUUCAGUUACAUAGGGAUACCAUUUAGCACAAGAAAUGUUCACCAGUCGUGCGUAAAGUCAUUCGUAACUUACAGACAGCUUUAUGAAAUGGGCCCCUGGAAUAGAAAAAAAUGUUGUACUUAAGCUAUGUAAACCUAUUCCUCCAAACUUGCCAAUAAAAUAUCUUUCCAUAUGUGACAGGUGAUAGUUUUAUCCCCAAUGUAUCACAUAACAUCAGGCUAACAAUUAUGGCCAUAUCUAGGUGGUGUUGAUAUGAAUUUAUCAUAUUAUCUUGCCCACCUAAUUUGUUACCAGUUUGUUAUAGAUAUAAAUUUCUCAAACUCAUGUCUUGUAUACAACUCUAUUAUUGAAUUUACAUAAAAUUACCUUUUGCCAGCUGAGUAGGCUUAUACGUUCAAAGUCUUUCAUGCCAUCAUUUUAUUAGAUGAAUGCAGACUAUAUGAGGCAACUUGAUGUAUAUGUGAAUCCAUGUUAUAGAAAGUUUGUUUUUAAAGAUCCGUAAGAUAGUAUAAUGUUUUAUUUUAAUGUUUAAUCCCUUUUUCUAAAAUUUGCCAUUUUAUUUUUUAUUUCUGCCAAAUUGCAGUAUUUGCUACCGGAGUGUGGAAUGCUUUAAGAUAGUUGCCAUACCAAAGAUAAUAUUUGCCUUUUGUGCUUAAUAGUUGCAAUGAGUGUUCACUCAUUUUUAUCCCAAAUACAGUGAUUUUAUAGAUCAUGAUAACCAUAGGUGAAUCUGUGUAGUAUCAGUCUGUAAAUGCAUUGUAAUACAAAUGCAGUAAAAGUGCAUUAUAUCUUGUACAUUUUGUUGUUGAACGCCGUAAGGAAUUUUUAUUAUUAUUUUUUUGCAAAAUGCUUUCCUAACUUAAGCUGCUUUAAACAUUUAUGCUGCAUGUUUAUAUGUGCUGCUCAAAUAUAUGACUGCUGUCAGUCGGCAUUGUUACAUCUGUCAACCAUGGUAACUUCCCUAUCAGCUGUCAUUGUGUUGAUAAAUCUUGGUAUGCUGCCCAUUAAGUAUAGCUCCCUCUAGAAUUGGAAAAUAAAUAAUUGAAAAUGAUGAGUGCAAACACUAACUCUGUAUCCCAUAGAGUUCAGUGGAUGAAAGGCUAGGGAUACUUGGGUUAUUGAAAAAAAAAAAAUUCUAGUCACAUUUGAUUUGAUUACGGUCAUUUCUGAUGAGAGUAUGUAUGUAUGAAUUGACAUAGUAGACCCAGCCAGCUGACCCAAAAUCUAGUCAUUUUUACUAUUUCUUUUUAAAGAGUGUUCUGUUCACAUUUAUGAUUAAAAUUACCAUAUAGCUGGACAAACGAAGAGAGCUAUGUUAAUUUUUCUAAGCUUAUGGUUUUAUUCAAUUUCAUUUUAUGGUAAUUUGCUUUGCUUGUUUUCUCUUCAUUUUUUCUCUGUCUCGCUAUCUCUUUCUCAUUCUCUUUUACUCUUCCUCCCUUCCCUCUUCCCUUUCCCUCAUAUAUGAGUAGUUUAUUUGCAAUAAGAUUGAAAAACAGGGUAUCUAAAUGUUACAUAAAUUUAAUAUUUUUAUUUAGGUAUUACCUAUUUUGAUAAAGGUUUCAUCAUUUCCAUGUAGAGUUGAAACCAAAUAUUUUCUCUUUUUUCUAAGUCAUGAAGAUCUUUACUGAGAACAGACUUCCAGAAAGUCAUUAAAUGAAGCACAUAGUGAAUGGUACUAAAAAGGCAAACAAAUCCUGCUUAAAAUCGAAGUUAUUUAUUAACCAAUGUUAUGAUGCAAAAAAUUGACUAUUCAGAUGUUACCCAUUUAUAUGAACUGGGUUGUAUUGGUACAAGAUGUUUUCAUGUGGAAUUAAUGUGGAAAGCUAUCCAUAGUGGUGUUUUCAGUAAUCUCCUGUAUUGUAAAUUAUGUUUAUAAUGAUUUUUUCUUCAAAUAAUUGCAGAAGGAAAUGGUUUCUUCCACUAGUAUAUGUAAUUCAUAAAAUGAUGAGUAAUUAAUUUACUUUCUGUAUUUCUGUUUUCUGUUUUUGUACAUGGUACAAUGGGAAGUAGAGUUGUUUAUGUAUGCACAUGGCUUUUGAAAGUGUGUUUUUAUUUAAUGUUUACUAUUUUGUAGAGAAAUACAUACAAUUGUGAAAAAUGAUCAGGAUAAAAUUCAAAGUAUCUUGCUACCAUUUAAUGGAAGAGAAUUUUCAUUUUCAUUUGUUUCCUAUCAUAUGUUUAGUUCAAUUUGUAUAAAAUGUUUUGAGGAUAUAAGCUUACCACUAGAUUUCAAAUAUGUGUCUCUUCUGCCUGUUACCCAUGAGGUGGAUGAACAUUAAUGAUACCUACAUGAUUUAGGCAAGUGAGUUUUUUUUCACUUCUUGCCUUAUCUGCUUACCCAUGUCAUGUGACAUGUCAUAAUGUGACAUACCAUGUGACAUGUCAUGUGAUAUGUCAUUUGACCUUUCAUGUGACAUGUUUCAAAGUAGUGUCCUGGAACCAAAUGAAAAAAUAAAGCUGACUACCUAUCAUUCUAUUGUACUGUUCUUGUAGUUGACUGUGUAAUUUUAUUUGAAAUAUACAAAUAUGGAUUAGUUGAGAGCAAAGAAAUUUAGAAACCAAAGCUACAACAUAAAAACUUGUUAUUAAAGCUGUGAACCAAACAAAAUAUUGUUACGCCUAAUUAGACAUAUUAUUUAUAAUGUCUAAAUAUUUGGGUGUUACUUGUGAUAGCUUAUACUUUUCCUUUUUAUACCAUUUACCUGGAAACGAUGAAUUCAAAGGGUUUAAACAUAAUUAUGUGAACCAUUACUGUCACUGAUAUCAGCAUAUGUAAAUAAAACCAAAUUUAUAUAGGAGUGUCCAUCUUUUAGUUCAUCUAUGAAAAAAAAUAUGCCUUCAUAGUAUAGAUAUGUAGAUAUGGACAAUGCAGCUACAUUCCAAAAAGCGUUUCUGGGCCAUUGCUAGUAGCUACAAUAGUUGAAAACACGAGACAUAGUUGUAUAUCUAUGUCGUUAUAACACAUGGCAAUAAAGAAGAGAGAAGAAGAAGGGGAAAAAGAGAUAUUAAGAUUAAAUGUUGUAUAUUGUAUAACUUUUAAGUGGUGAAUAAAUGAAGGGAAAAAAACUACUUCUAUACAUAACUGUAUAUUUUUAUAUUAUUUAUGUCUCAAUCACUGAUUGUAAAUUCUCUUUAUGGUUGCAGUGGUAUUCUUUCUUUAAUGUAUAUUUCCAACAAAGUUGUUUUAUUGUGUAGUUGGCGAUAGUCUUACGUAUUUCUAAGGAUCCUGUAAAUGUUAUGUACUUUUAGCUUAGACAUCAGGGAAUUUCAAUGUAGCUCAUGAUGGUGAUGGUGAUGGUCUACAUCAGAAAUGGUUGCAAUUAUUUAUUUUAAGAUAUUUUUGUAUAGCUUAGAAAAUUUCAUGUGUGAUUAUGAUUUAGUAUGUAUUUAUCAUAGUCUUAAUAGCCAGAAUAUUGUAAUGUGUACAUAAAUUCAAAGAUGAAGAAAAUUAAUUAUGAGACAGCACUUACAUCACCCACAAAUUGUUAUAUUAUCUUAUUAUUUUUUAUGAUUAAUUCAUAAUUAUGUGUGAGUCCUUUUGUGUGAUAUGUGCAGCUUUUAUUAUUUUUAGAUAAAAAUGUAUACAACACAAUGAUUUAUUGAUCAGGAUUCCACUAUGCAAAGUGCUGCAUAUAAUUCCCCUCAAUAAUGGUAAUAAUCAUAUUCCUUUUAAAAAACACUGCCAAAUUCCUUUUCUGCUUUGAACUAAAACGUUUAAGAGUUUGUGUGAUAUGGCUUCCCAUUUCACAGUAAUUUUUUAAGUGUAAUAUGUUUCUUAAUGCAGUAUGACAUGUUAUAUGAAUAUUUUUAUCCUAUGGAAACUAUGCUGUGAAGAGUAGUAGAUUGAUAUCUUAUAAAGUGCUGCAUUUCACUAGGUUUUCUGUCGGUUGUUCCUCUUAUUUCUUAAAAAAUAUAUUUUCCUCAUAAUCUCAUUGCUGCAUGAAUUGUUCACUUUCAGCUUCAUAUCAGACUUAUACACCAACAAUUGUUUGUCUGCUGUGAUGAAUUAGAUGUCCUUUCUAUGAAACAAUGUAUUUAUCGAUAAGCCUAAAAGACAUUCUUCUAACUUCUCAAGAUUUUAAAAAUUAUUUUUUUUAGAUCACCUUUCGUUCUCAUAUUUAUUUUGUGUGGACCUUUUCCCUCUCUUUUGGUUUGAAGAUAUCACAUUUUCUGAUGGUGCAUAGACUUUUCAGUAGAAUGUUCAAUAUUUGAUUUGUUUCCCGUAAUUUCAUUUAUAUCAUACCAUAUUUUUGGUGAUGGUACUUCAUCUGACCCUGAUUCCAUCCUUCCCUAAUGAGGCAUGGUUACAGUGAACAUUUUAUGAGACAUAUUUUGUUCAAUAAAUUAAAGGUUCAAUGCUGUAACUCAUGCUCUCAAUUAAUCAAUCAUGAUUUUAUCUGCCUACUCCUGUAACUUGUACCUUCUUAUAAUAUGAAAUAAAUAGAAAAAAUGAAAGGUUAUGAAAUGAUUAAAGGGGAAUCCAGCCUUGGCCAUAAAAUGUUGUGUUGGGAAGGAGAAAAAUAAAUUAAACAGAAAGGUGAAAGUUUGAAAGAAAUCGGACAAGCAAUAAGAAAGUUAUAGCUGCUUUAAAAUUGAGAUCACUAAUACUAUGUAGAUUUCAAAUUGGCAACUGGGUAAGUAAAUUAUGACAAGGGGCAAGGACAACUUUCCCAUAGGCCAUGUACUUUAUUAUCAGGGAUUUGUGGUUUUCUCCCAAGUACCCAUUCCCCUGGGGCAGUAAUCUAAAUAUAACCCAGGUAGUAUAUUGUUUUAUGUCCUCAUGAAAGAAAAAUAUAAUUUGAAAUAAAACUUUUGGGAAAAAUGAAAUUUUAGCUGUAAUAUGUAUUGAAAUACAUGGAAGAGUAGUCCUUGCCUUACAUCAUUGUGACAUCCCAUAUGCGGCCAAUUUGAAGUCUCCAUGGGUAUAGUGAUUACUAAUAUUUACAACUUUUAAAAAUUCAUAACUUUCUUGUCUUUUGUCCAAUAUUGUUCAAACAUUCACCUAUCAACUUGUCUGAUUUUUCUUUUCCUUAUGAAAACAAGUUUUCAUUUGGGUUGGAUUCCCCAUUAAAGAUAGAAUCAUAAUUUUUCAGGAAGUAUUUGACAUAGCAUGAAUUUAAUUCAUUCUCAAUUCCUUAUUAGAGAAUUUUAUUCAGUUCUUGUCAUCUUUGCUUCAUUCUAGGAUUACCAGAGGAACAUGUGGUCUUUGUGAUGUAAUUUAUUUGUAGCCUCCUCCUUAUUUGAUUUCUUGCUAUCAUUGUUUUUGCAUACCCACAUCAAUUUACCCCUCCUUAUACACCCCUUUUGAUUGGAGAACAUUUGUUUUUGUUUUUUAUUUGUGCAUCAUAAAAAUAUUUGUAUAUUUAUUUCAUCAAAAUUUCCCUCCUGUAUUAUAUUUAUAUUAUACCUUCAUUCAUUCAAUUGAACAUUUCUUUGCCAUAAGUAUUUAAGUUUAGGAAGAGAUUUUGUCAUAAAAGUUGAGAAUCACUAUUGCUGUGUAUAUAAUUAAGAUUUGUAUCUAGCUUUGAUUUUUGCUCAGUUUUUGAGCAAGGCAACCAAAGUGUAAUGUUAUAGAAAUCACUUUUUUUCUUCAUGUAGAAUGUAUUUACAAUGGCAAUAUACCAAUAAAGUACUUUGCAACAAGAUUGA